UGUUGAGUCAAACGUCUCCAGUGGAUUUCGACAGGGAGACCUUUUGUGAUGACCACUCUCUCUCAGCCAACUGGUUGGGUUGUUUCUGCUGGAGCUGUUGGAGGCAGCGUUAUCAUUGUUGUUGAUACUCCAUGUUCUCUGCUGAAGGUUGAAGCUGCUGGCGGAUUAUUUACUGAAUAGAAGAGAUUAGAUGUGAGACGUCUGGCUUCCGGCUUGUUCAAACAGAAACCAUCUUGCUUGAAGAGUAGUCUUUUUUCCCCAAAAGUAUAUUAUAGUUGUCGAUGAAGUUCACAGGUGUGGUGGCACAUGCUUUUUGUGUCCUCUUUUUGGAUGUGGGUUCACCGGCAUUUGGAUUGGCUGACCGGCGGUGGUAGAGCUGAGCUGGAUAAUGUUUCUCCCUGGGCUAUCAUUGCAGUGGCAGUGAUGUGGUGUGUCUCUGUGGUUGCGGGGUCGUGGUGGGGGACGCUGGCCCAUUGCUUGCCGCUGGCCGGUGACCUCUUGCUUGAAGCAGCUAGACACCAAUCAUUCGUCACUAUUAAAGCUGGAGAUGGAGACACUUUGUCCUGUGAAAAUGCGAUACAAGGACAAAUUAACUGUGACAGUAUUGAGUGGACAUUCACUGGUCCAGGAAGAACAGCCGAGGUGUGGUUCAUACAUGGAAAUUUUACUCAAGCAGCUAAAGGAAAAACAGACAGACUGAGUGUUACAGCAGACUGUUCCCUAAAUAUGAAGAUGAUCACUGUGGAGGAGGCUGGUGAAUACACCUGCAGACAGAUCUAUUUAGAUCAGCAAUAUACAGUGUCUAAUGUUUAUCUGUCUGUUGUCACCAUUGCUGAACAGAGGGAUAAUAAUAAAGUUACCUUGGACUGUGUUGUGUCAGGACAAAUAAACUGUAGACACACAGUGGAGUGGCUGUGUGAGAAUAAAGAGAACGUAUCAUCAGACCUGCAGAGAGUACCACAAGUCUGCCAAGAGUCUGUGACAUUUCAAACAUCUUACCUUCAUCAGAAUUCAAAGUCUUCUAGGUUUCUUCGGUGUAAAGUCACAGAGCAGGAUACUAGAAAAGUGCGGUUUUUCGCCUUAUACACUCUGACCUCAGAUGAGAUCCCAGACUGGCCAUGGUGGUACAUUCUCCUUGGUUUGGCUGCGUCUUUAAUAAUUGUUCUGGCUGUCAUCAGAUGGAAGAAAACUACAAGACAAAGAGGGCAGAUGGAACAGAUGGAAGCAAGAACUGUUGAUUCUGGCGAUAUUAUUUCCUAUGCCUUCAUAAGCUUCACAAGGAAGCCUGAGAAAAAAGCGAAGAUCUCGAACACUGUGACCUACAGCUCUGUGAAGACCUCCUCCUUUGCUUCUGGAGCUUCCAGUGGUUCAGACAGCAUCUAUUCUACUAUCAGAUAACUACAUCAAUGGUAUGAAAUUUGAUGCAUCUUUUUUUUUUUUGAGAUGUAACUUAGUUGCUUGUGCAAUGGGAUUCAGAAUGUACACCAGUGAAAGUGGAAAACUUUAAAAAUAUUGAAAAUAUUGUUAAUUCAGCCUUGGGAAGCCUGUAUAAGAUCUGAUGAACCUAAGAUUCAGCUGCUAUUAUUGACUGAGAAAUGUUAUGCUAUGUUUUUUAUCACGGUUUUUGUGACCUUAUUGUUCUGUUUUCCAUCACUAUUUUGUGGUUUUGUGUUGUGUUUCAAAGGGAUUAUUUAGAUUUUCUGAUAUGUUGAUUUUGCCCUGUUUUCUCUUCACCACCCACACCUGGAUGUCUUUCAGUUGGAAUAAAGUUUGUUCUGAAUCUUCUUUAAA